UCGUGGUAAUCGCAAGUGCUUUUAGCACGGUCGUAUUGCAGUGUCGCGUGUGGAUCUCGUGAAUUUUAUCGAAUGCGUACCAUGCUAUGAUUUGAUAAUCUGAAUUCGUUUUUUUUAUUUCGGGAAGGUUCCGAUAGACCGGCGGAUUCUAUCGCGGUUAUGUAUCGUACGUGUGCGUGUCCUUCCGAAGGAAAUUUAAAAUUCGAUAAGAUCGGAACUUUUCGCCCAGAUCGUUCCCGUUAGUCGUUCGUUGACUUCACUGAAGUUUCCGUCCGGUGGACGACCCCCUCGUUCCUUAGCGCGGAAUUGGGUCCCCAAAAGUGCAAAUGUGUGCGUGAGUGUCUCUUAAUUUUUGUUUUCUUGAAAUUGGAAUAUCCACCAUAGAAAGUGUCAAACAAACGUGCUUCAGUAGAAUCUUGUCAUUAAGAAGUAAAAACUAAAAACAAGUACAUACAAAAAUCUUGCAUCGUAUGGACGAGUAUAAGUGGGAUGUUUUUAAGAUUGUUUGUAACCAGUAUUCGAAAAUUUAAAAAAAGUCGAAGAAAAUAAUAGUGAAUAUUGUUUGUUUGUAUGUUUGUUUUGCUGGAUUUUCCUAAAGAGAAAAUUCAGUUUUAUUUGGACAGUUUAAAAAGAUAUCAAUCGGAAAGGCCAGACGAUACAUUCGGGUUCGGAAGUGACCAGUAGCAAGGAAGUGAAAGAAGCGACGGAUACUAUCUGUUUUGGUGCAAUAAGUAGGAUAUUGCGUAUCAAGAAUUCGAGCCGCCACCACCGCGACUCAAGAUUGGCAAGUGCGAGCGUCAAAAGUACUCUGUUCGCAAGAGUGAGAGAGCGCCGAGGCUUUGGAAGAAGGGUGGUCGCAGUCAGUUGGUCAGGAGUCUAAAUAUUUGGAUAUAAACGCGUAGUAUUGAGCGUAUCGUGUGUGACGUCGAAGGCAUUGUGGUGUUGGCUGAAAAAAAGUGAUGAAAUUCUAUUGCAAUUAGUCGAUGCCCAAAGUGAAAAGUAAAGUGGUUCUGGAUGUAGCUACAAAAUGUAGUAGUAUGGUGUGUAGUUCCUUUCGGGUUAAAACGUGCAGUAUGCGGUCCCAGCCAGUGUUUGGUGAUGAAACGCGCAAAAAAUGGCUCGAAAUUGUCUAAAAUUACAGGUGAAAGUGGUUGGGAGUGGUGAAAUGUUUAAAUCUCAGAUAUCGGCGGAUCCAUCCCGGCGAUUGGGAUUGGGGUUGGAUGGUGGCAACAGCGGUGGCCAUUGUCGGGCAAACAGUGAAGAUAUGAAGCAUGUUAGAACGAGACAGUGCAGUAAAGAAAACCAUGAGCAGCAGGCAAACGAGGAAGUGGUGCAACAGCAACCGGAAGUGGCGGUAGUGUUUCCGAAAAAAUAUUUUCCUUUGGCAGGUUUGACCAACCUGUUGAAGCAGCUAGCGACCAAACUGAAACAAAAGCAUAGGACAGAACGUCCGAAAUCGUGCAUUGAAAUAUCAAAGAAUGAAGUGAGUGAAUUUAUUGCAGGGAGAAAUGAAGAGUUGUUUCAUCAGGAAAAUCAGCGAAUAGCCGGAAUGCGUUCAAUUCUAAGGCCUGGUAAGCUGGCCUGGCUACUAACGACCAGUGUGCUGCUGUUCAGUUUACUCAUUGCACCCGUCACACAGGUGCAAGGCAACGAAAUUCGUUUGCCGCAGGAAAAACGUGAAUACAAGAAAGGAGAAAUUUGCGGCAGCGUGGACGUCCGGAAUUCGCCCACCAAUCUGGAUAGGCUGAAGGAUUGCGUCGUGGUCGAAGGUUUCGUGCACAUCCUGCUGAUCGACAAAUACACCGAGGCGAGCUUCGAGAACUACUCCUUUCCACUGCUAACAGAAAUCACCGAAUAUUUGCUCCUGUUUCGGGUCAACGGGCUGAAGACACUGCGCAAGCUGUUUCCGAAUCUGGCCGUGAUCCGGGGUAGUUCGCUGGUCAGCGACUACGCCAUCGUCAUCUACGAGCUGAUGCACAUCGAGGAGGUCGGUCUGAUCUCGCUAACUCACAUAGCGCGCGGGGGCGUGCGUAUCGAGAAAAAUCCAAAACUUUGUUUUGCCAACACAAUCGAUUGGAACGCGAUAGCACCGGACUCGGAGAAUUACGUGAAGGAUAAUCAAAAAGAAAACUCCUGUCCGAUAUGUCCGACAGAAACAACUCUGCUGCUGCCGAACGGAACAAAACAAAUCCAAACAUGUCCGAUCGCUGUCACCAAACGAGGCGCUCAGGUUUCGGACCACAAAGACCACCGACUUUGCUGGAAUGCUAAUCACUGCCAAAAUAAAUGCCACAGCACCUGUCCUAAUAAGUCCUGCACCGUAACCGGCCAAUGUUGUGAUGAGUCAUGUUUGGGCAGCUGUAGCGAUUUCGUGCUGGGCCAACAGCAGCGAAACGGGUCGUCAUGUGCCGUGUGUCGUCAUCUGAGCAUCGAUCCGGCGGGUGUGCGGCAGUGUGUCACCAAGUGUCCGCAGGGAAUGUUCGUCUACCAUAGCCGCUGCGUGACGGCCGAUCAGUGCUAUGCGAUCAAGAAACCGAUUUCGUUGGAUUCAAACCAGGACCUACCGACGUAUCCGUUUAUUCCGCAUAACGAAACGUGCAUCAUGGAGUGUCCGGCUGACCACGAGCUGCAAAUUGUGAACGACAAACGGCGCUGCAAGAAGUGUGACAAGGGAGCUUGUCCGAAGCGGUGCGGUGGAGGAAACAUCGAUAACAUACAGAGUGCCCAAUCGCUGAAGGGUUGUGAAAUCAUCGAGGGUUCGCUGGAGAUUCAGCUGAGAAGUCGCGGAGGCGAAAACAUAGUCAAAGAGUUAGAGAAAUUUCUUAGCAGCAUCACAGAAAUCAAGGGAUACUUAAAGGUUGUUCGGUCCUACCCGUUGCUGUCGUUGGGUUUCCUUAAAAAGCUCAGGAUAAUUCACGGCACACAGGCUAAAAUUUCAAAUUCCAGUUUGUAUGUAGUGGAGAACCAGAAUCUGCAGGAAUUGUUUGAUCGGAACGUUACCAUUGGGGAAGGUAAAUUGUUUUUCUACAACAAUCCGAUGCUAUGCGUUGGAAAAAUCCGAGAACUGAAGGCAGUGAAUCCGAAAAUUGAAAUCGAAAAUGAAGCUCAGCUGGCAGCAAACAACGGAGAUAGAGCUGCCUGUGAGAUCACUGAGCUGGAUACUAGCCUUAAAUCGGUGGCAGCCGAAACGGCGAUCGUACAGUGGGCUCCCUUCACUCAACUGGCUGACAUUCGGCAACUGUUGGGCUAUGUCAUCUACUACAUUGAGGCACCCUUCCAGAAUGUAACUUUCUUCGAUGGACGGGAUGCGUGUAAUACCGAAGGCUGGCGGUUAGAUGACAUCAGCGAGUUCAAUACGGAGAACUAUACCAGCCGAAUUCUGACUCAAUUAAAACCGUACACGCAGUAUGCAUACUACGUGAAAACUUAUACACUAGCAUCCGAGGGUCUGGGUGGUCAAAGUAAAAUCAAGUACUUCACCACUGCACCCGGAACACCGGCCAUUGUGAGGGAUGUUGAAGUUUCGGUCACCUUGGAUACGCUGACAAUUAAAUGGCGGCCACCGUUGAAAAUGAACGGUAAACUACACUACUAUGAAGUCUUUGUAGAGUUGAACGCGGAUGGUAAAGAGAUGUUGAAACAGCGAAACUACUGUAACGAAGAAAUCGAUAAGAGCAAAACAGACACGUCGAUCGAAACACCGACGCCACUGCCUCCGAAAACAUCAUACACGGCAGAAAUUUGUACCGAGGAGCAAUGCAGCAAGUUUUGUAUGGCCACGCCGAAAGGGGAGUUGUUUGAUCGAUCGGAAGCCGAACAACAGAUCAGUUUUGAGGAUCAGUUGCACAACUACGUAUACAUCAAAAACCCAACACUACGUGGCGAUAAGUCUAACCGCCGUAAGCGUAGUCUGGGAAUGGCUAAUAACAGCUCGAUUGUGUUUCCCAACAUCACCGACACUGGUACCAUCGAAAGCAAAGACCGUCAAACGAUGAUGGAUCCGGGCGAGCAGUUCUAUAUGACACUGUUCAAUACCACAAACCAGACAAACAUCGUUCUGCCACUUAAUUUCUUCAAACAUUAUUCACUGUAUGUGUUCAAAAUCCGAGCCUGUCGUGCUCGCGCGGAGAGCCCAGGAAACAAUGUAAAGUUGGUCGAUCUGGAUCCCGGUUGUGGCAAUGAAGUUAUCCACAAUUUCCGAACCCCGAAGAAAGAGGGUGCCGAUGAUAUACCAAUUGAUUCAAUUCUAGUGGAAGAGCAAUCCAAUCACACCCAACGGGUGAUCAAGGUCCAAUGGAGGGAACCUACCAAACCGAACGGUCCAAUCGUGUCUUACUCGAUUAAAUAUCAGCGAAUGGAUGUUGAUUCGGUUCAACCGAGCAUUCAGUGUGUAUCGCAUCAGGAGUUCAGUCAAAGUGGAUUUUCCUUCCUGUCAAAGUUGGCACCGGGAAACUAUAGCAUCCGAAUUAUGGCAACCACCAUUGCCGGCGAUGGUCCAUACUCGUCCCCUAGAUAUGUUUUUCUCGAGACCGAAGAUAGCAGUCGCGUUUGGCUUUGGAUGCUAUUAGCGUUGAUAGUUUUGAUUGUGCUGACUUCUCCCGUCGGAUUCUACUGGUACAAAUGGCAUUAUCUGCCUAUGCAGAACAUGCGGCUUAUUGCCCAGGUUAAUCCAGAUUACAUCAACGUACUCUACAAAAUCGACGAAUGGGAAGUCGAACGGGAACACAUUAUUCAGUUGGAAGAACUCGGCCAGGGUUCGUUCGGUAUGGUGUACAAGGGACUUUUGACGCAGCUACGUAAUACCAAAGGCAAUAUACCGUGCGCCAUCAAAACGGUAAACGAAAAUGCAACCACCAAAGAGCGGGACAGUUUCCUGAUCGAGGCGUCCGUAAUGAAGCAAUUUCAUACCCAUCACGUGGUCCGGCUGUUGGGUGUGGUUUCGCAGGGCGAUCCAACCCUGGUCAUAAUGGAAUUGAUGGCGAACGGAGAUCUUAAGGGUUACCUGCGCAGACACAGACCGGAUUACGAAAAUGGUGAUGAACCUUCACCGCAGCCGCCAACACUACGGCAAAUCUACCAAAUGGCCAUUGAAAUUGCCGACGGAAUGGCGUAUCUUUCGGCGAAAAAGUUCGUCCACAGGGAUUUGGCUGCCCGAAACUGUAUGGUGGCAGAGGAUUUGACCGUAAAAAUCGGUGAUUUCGGAAUGACGCGUGAUAUCUACGAGACGGAUUAUUAUCGCAAGGGAACGAAAGGAUUUCUUCCGGUACGGUGGAUGUCACCGGAAAGCUUGAAGGAUGGCGUUUUCAGUAGCAGUAGUGAUGUGUUCAGCUAUGGUGUGGUUCUUUGGGAAAUGGCCACCCUGGCAUCGCAGCCCUAUCAGGGUCUUACCAACGACCAGGUGCUGCGAUAUGUGAUCGACGGGGGUGUCAUGGAGCGACCGGAAAACUGCCCAGACAAGUUGUACGAUUUGAUGCGACGAUGCUGGCAGCAUCGCCCGACGGCUCGACCUUCUUUCAUCGAUAUCAUCAAAAUGCUACUGCCUGAUGCCAAUGAUCGGUUCCAUGAUGUGUGCUUUUUCAACUCACCGGAAUCACAAGAAAUGGGAGCACAGCAUCAAAUAAUCCUGGAUGAUGUUACUACACCGUUGCACCCGGGUGGAGGCGGGGGCGGCGUCGGCGACGAUGAGGACGAAGAUGACAUGAUGGACAAAGACGAGGAAAUACGCAUCGGUGACAUUGGCACCGAUGACGAGUACUCGAUGGAGAUGACCGACAGUCAUCUGGUACCAAACAAUGGUCCGACUGCCACCAUUCGCUCGCCGCACUCGCCACUAAGGGAGCAACGUGGUAACCGAUUGAUCUGUGAUUCAUUAGCCAUAUCAUAUCAUAGUAGAGAUAUUGAUGAUACCAUAACCGAAGAAGAGGAACCAAUUGAAGAAGACAGUGGUGGAAACGACGACGAUGAGGCAGCAGAGGAUCACGCUUUUGAAACCGGAGCGCCAUCCGAAGCAAUAGGGUUGAUGGUGGUGGAUGAAACGAGAGGAGCAGGUUCAGUAUUAACGACAGCUAUGGCCGAGGGUGCGCCAACUAGGCGUGAUCGUGCCCGAGAUCGUCGCAGCAACAGCAGGAUAAGAGAAAACGAUGGCAAUAGCAGAAUGAGCAGGGUCAAAAGUAGAAGUGUUAGUCCCGGCUAUUCCGGAGCAUCUCGAAAGUACAGGACAGCCACGGGAAUCAGUCGAACUUGCCAGAACAGGCGAAGCAAUGGCAGCAGCGAGCUCACAGGUAACAUCUCUCAGCAUGACUACGUGAAUAGUGCUCCUGGGGCAGUUCUGACAGGUGGUGAUAUCCUAAGCAGUAGUUUCGGUGCUAGCAAUAGUAGUAGCGAGGGAAGAUUCGGUUCAAUUCCGAUGAUCCCUCCGCCACCGCAGAAAGAGCAGUCCCUCAACCGACAACAGCAACAUCUGAUUGAUAUUGACUCGGAUCCCUACGGGAAGGAGUUCGAUGCGAUCAGUACCGACAGCAGUAGAAUUUCGGCAGUAACAGCAGCACCAGCAACAGCAACAGUAGGUAGUAGAAUAAAUGGGCGUGUCGUUCUACCGACGCAACAGCAAGUUGUAAGUAGUAAGGAUUCUGUUCCUUCUCGGUUGAGGAAUGGAUUUGUCGAGCGAGCCGUUACCGUGUCACCUACCCAAGGCUCGACCGGCGAAGCGUGAGAAAACACGGCCGCCCAUAGUAACAGCGGUAGAAAAUCAAACAGUUCCGCGUGUAGCCCAACAGAUGGCGCAUGCAUCCCCAUACAUUAUGACAGUUCCACGCGUCCGUCGGUAGAUGGCGGGCGUAAGCUGAUAAUGAUACAGGCUAGCCUUAGGCACUCGCAAUGAUGGGCCAUAGAUAGCAGAGGAAGUAAACAAGUAUUCAAAAAAACAAACACCCUUUUAAACAAUAAAUCUUAUAAGUCCAUCGACAUACGUACUCAUACAUUCAAUCACUCCGCAAACGCUCAUAUUACGAUAAAUAACACUCAUUACACUAACACACAAACGAUGUGCCCUUUGUUUCGAUAUCCACAGCGACCGAACCGUUGAAACACACUCACGCUUACACAGCAGACUUACAUCUUACAUACUAAUCCAAAAAGAGGCUAACUGACCACUUUCUCCCUUCUGAGAUACAUGACCGAUUAGCAAGCAAGCAAAAACCGAAGAAAUAUCAUUCGAAUGCUCCGCUCUUUCUUUCAUUGCCAAUGACGCAAACAAACCCAGCAAAAGUAAAUGAAUUCUAUCCAUUUUUUUUGGAGAAAGUUGAAAAAAUACCAUUGUUCUUUUAAUAGCAUAGUAAAAAUUGUGUUUCCUUAGCUUAUUUAUAACAGCAUCAUGCACCCUUUAUACAAACUCACACUUAUAACCGCACAUCCGGUUCUGUUAAGCGGAAGUUGCAGUUAAAACAGACUGACCGACAGCUAGAAGCAAUAUACAUAUAUAUAUAUAUAUAUUUUAAAUUAUUUUUUUUCUGUUUAUGUUUUCCGUUUUUUUUCUAAUUUACAUCCCACCAGAGCAGCAUAACAAAAAUAAACGAAAAAAGAUUAAAAUACAUAAAAACAGACCCACACGCUCGUCGUUGACAUCCAAUCACAAAUCAUAAAAACAAAGCAAAAAAACACACACAUACACUUUUGUGCAUAGAAUUAUGGAAAUAGGUGGUGUAAUGAGAAAGUUCACUAGAAAGAAUAAGACAGUAAGGAAAAAGAAUUAUUAUGUUCAUAGUAUUUUAGAGGAAUCAUUUGAGAGAAAGAGAGCGAGAAAGCAAAAAGAUUAAAAAGUGAAAGUUUGAAAAUGUUGUAGGAUAGAUAGAACGAAAUAAAAACCACAGAGAGACAGAGCUAAAGAAUUGAUAAACGCGACAUUGUUAGGAAUAGGAAGAAUACCUAUGUAAAUAUGUUUUAGGAAAUGAAAAAAGAAUGGAUUUCGUUGCCUACUACGACCAACAGAAUUAGUUAAUGGACAUUUUAAAAGAUUUCUGCAAAUUAUUCCGUACACAAACACACGCAGAUUUACAGAACCGUUUGGGAAGCUUUCGGAGUAUAGCCGGUUGAAAAUGAUAUAAGAUUUUGUCAUUGCUCCGACGUCGUCCUCGUUAAGUAGUUGAGGUCAAGCUUCAAACAAUAUAAUGCUUUGUAGAGUAAUAUGUCGCAUUACUUUAAUUGAAUUAUUUUUUUUUGCGUGCAAUUUAAUCAGUAGAGAAAUUUCAUCUCUGUAGUGAGUUCGUUAUGCUGCUGUAAAGAAAUAGAUAGCUUGGCAAUUUUUUCUCCAGUCACACGAAAAGUCCAGUGAUGCGAACAAUGAAAUUCAAAUGUGGUUAAAUUUGUUUCACUCAGAAAUUUUUUUUGAUUUACGAUAUUGUUUCACCUGUCAUCUUUACACAGUUUUAUGCAUCGAUUUCAAUAGAUAGAGCUGCAUAUUUUACUAACUAUUUUUACUAUUUUAUUUACUCUUUUUGGUUCAUUCAAUUCAAUUGCAAGGUCAGUGAUGUAUCAAUGUUCUAUGCGAACGA